AUGUACGAGAUAAAUUAUUACGAUGAAAAGUAUAUCGAAAUUUAUGCGCAUUAAAAUUUCUUGAAAAUUUUUCCUGAAGGUUAUACGUGGGGCACAAAGUUAUUCAAUUACACCAUUGAACAUAUGUAUCUAUAUAUAUAUAUGGCAUCAAAAUAAUACCUUAUGUUAAAGUUCUUGAAAAAUAACUUUCUUUCAGGGUGCGUAUAUGUAUGUACCUGUUAUUCACAGUAUUUUAGUAAAUAUCCACGGAAUGGAAACGGAAACUAUUAUGAAGGAUUGUCAUAAAUUUUACUAACGUUUGGUUAAUAUGACGUUCUGGUAUCGCUGACAUCGAAUGUGUUUUUCUCCCCGGUUAAUUUCAUUAAUCCAUUUUAUAGUACAGCAAAUUAUUCCAAAGUGGUGAUGGCUAAUCAUUAUGAAGUUCCCAAUUGGUACGUUUGGAAAAUCUUUAUUAAAAUGUUCCAAAUAGUUAACCGUUUUAUAGUUGAUGUACAAUGGUACCUGUAGAUGCAGAAAGUAUUAAAUACAUAGUACAUAGAUUAUGCUUUUCAGGGCUGGGAAGCCACCAGUUGGAUUACAUUUAGAUGUACUGAAGAAUGACAAAUUAAUCCAAGUAUGGCAGUAAUGCACUCAAUAAUUUAAGAAUUAUAUCUUCUUGCGGGUGUAGUAUUAAAUAUGUUAUUUUGUUACAGAAAUUAAUGGUGGAUGAAAAAAAGUGUUACUUAUUCGGCCGCAACCAACAAUUGAAUGACUUUUGUAUAGAUCAUGCUUCCUGUUCCCGUGUACAUGCUGCUCUUGUUUAUCAUAAACAUUUAAAUCGUGCAUUUCUUGUUGACUUGGGUAGUACACAUGGAACUUUUAUUGGUAAUCUUCGUUUGGAACCACAUAAACCUACGCAAUUACCAAUUGACAGUACAUUUCAUUUUGGAGCUUCUACCCGAUAUUAUAUCAUUAGAGAAAGGCCACAAACUGGUACUAGACCCAUUAUUGAGGAAUUAGAAAAACUGUCAGAGGAUACAGAUGCUGGUGGUUUAUUAGGUUUACCUGAAACAGAAACAGAACUUGAUAAUUUAACAGAAUUUAACACUGCUCAUAAUAGACGUAUAUCUAUGCUAGGAAUAACAGAUGAUGAAAUUCAUAAACCAACUAGAAAACGAAAAAAAAAAGGAAUUACUUUCAACGAUGAUGAAGAAGUAAUAAAUCCAGAAGAUGUUGAUCCGUCAGUCGGAAGAUUCCGUAAUCUUGUACAAACGACCGUCGUUCCCAGUAAAAGAAUGCGUAUGGAAGGAGGUUUAAUAUCUUUGUCAGAAGAUCACAAUCCUUUGAAACAUCUUCAACCCACAACAACUACACCUCAACUUUAUCAAGAUUUACCACCAGAACAGUUCACCCCAUCGUCGUUGUCUCUUAAUCCAUUCUCUAGUGCACUGUCUUCGUUAUCGUCUCGACUUGGUAUCGCGUUACCAAAUCCAGCACCUGAGGUAGAGAUGACACCCAAUCAAAUACAAACGGAAACGCCACAUGUACCAGAAAUACCAGGACCUACUGAUACACGGACAAUGGAACCAAAAAAGAAAAAAUACGCCAAAGAAGCUUGGCCUGGGAAAAAACCUAUUCCAACACUUUUGGUGUAAUAACAUGAAGGAAUUUAUUUUUAUCAGAUAGUUCUAUUAUUUGAGAUUUAAGAAUUAAGUUAUAUAAAAAUCUGUGCAUAAAUUACUCGUUUAAAGUUUCAGGAAUAUGUUUAGUUAACAUUACUAACUAACUGCAUUAGUAUCUUAAAACUUCAAUUAAAUUUAUUUUUACAUAACGUAACUAUAUAAAUGUAUUUUAAAUUCAUUCAUUCAUUCAAAUUUUUUUUCGCGGACAUAAAAAAGUUCUAAUUAAAAUUUCCUGUAAGAUAAAUAAACAUAAAUAAAUAGAGAUUACUUUAGCAUUAAGGAAAUGUAAAGUAAAUGUAAUGUUAAGAUGUCACAAAAACUUUUUUGUGACACAAUACUUUGUCACAAAAGUUAUCUUCGUUAAAUACAACCGGAAAAGUUUAUUGUAUUUACUUAUGAAUAAUGCACUUAUUAUAUUUACUUAUUACAUUUACUUAUGAAUAAUAUGAAUAUUGCUUACGUAAGAUAACAUAUAUUCUUUGCAAAUAAUAUCACGAUAAUAUCGUUGUCAGGGAAUUUUAAUUUUGUGAAAAUGACAAAUCAUUAUUUUCCACGUACUUAGUGCAAUAAUUAUACUAAUUUGGAAUUUUGAAUAAAUUCCGCAAACAAAGAAUGCAUUAUAAAUUUUGCGUGUUUUCCAAGUAAAAAAUAUUAUUUUUAGUAAAUAGAAAUUAAUGUAAUAAUAUACCAUUCAAAGUUAAUUGAGGGGUAUAUUUUUGUUUAUUUUAUUAAUAUAAUAUGAUUUUAUUUAUUUUAUAAAAAAAUACUUUUAUUAAAAAGAUACAAAAUAAAUAAAUAA